AUGGUGUCAAAAGCUGUUAUCAACUCAAUGCUUUUUCUGAGAAUAAUAACACUUGCAGCCUCAGUCACAACCGUGGCCUUAAUUGUUACCGACAUUGCAAAAAUUGAUGAUACGAAGAUGAAAUUUCAAGAUUUAAUAGCAUUCAGGUAUGUUGUUGCUGUUGCAUCAAUUGCUGGUGCAUAUUGUAUAGUGCAGCUACCAUUUUCUAUUUACCAUGUUGUACAACAGAAGAGGUUGAUACGUAAUGGAUUCUUGCCAGAAUUUGACUUCUAUGGAGACAAGGUGAUUAGUGGGCUUCUGGCCACAGGUAUUGGUGCUGGUUUUGCAGUAUCCAUUGAGUUCAAGAGGUUAUUUGACCAAAUAUUUGAUGGUUCUAGCAUCUCAAAGCAUGAUCCAACGAGGAGCACAAUUACCAAGUUUUAUGUUCGUGGAAUUAUUGCUUCUGGUGUUCUUUCUGCGGCAUUCCUUGCCAUGUUUGUGGGGUCUUUCCUUUCCUCCUUCAAUAGAAACAAAAGCAAAGGCAUUUUUGGGUGA